AUUUUUCUGAAAUCAAAUAUAUUCCCUUUUUUAUUAAAUAAUUAUUUAUUAAAAAAAAUAAGUCUAUAAAUUUGUGUUUGGUGAAAUGAGUAGUACUAGUGAGUAUAGUACUACUGUCCAUUUUUGUAAAAUCAUGUCUCAUUUUCUUUCUCUCUUUCUUUCUUUCUUUCUUUCCCUUUCCACCAUUUUUGUCAUCAUGACUAAUAAAUUUUCUUUCUUGUUUAUCUUUUUUAAUGGAUAAGUAAGAAAAAAGAUUCAAACUUUGAACUUUUGGGUUUCUGGGUUUUGAUUAAUCAGAUCAGAGAAAGAUUAGUAUAUAGAUUUUUGAAUUCAACAAUGUCUUUUGGGUCUUCUUCUUCUUCUUCUUCUUCAUCAACAACAACAACAACAAAUCUUGAAAGGUUUCUUCAAAGUGUUACUCCCAUGGUUGCUUCAACAACUCUUCCUCAGAGCUGCAUUAAUGAUGUAAAUAGUCAAUGGCAACCACCAUGUAAGAACAACAAAAUUGAGUAUUUCACACUUGAAGAUCUUUGGAACUGUUAUGGUGAAUGGAGUGCCUUUGGUGUUGGUACACCAGUUCAAUUAGAUCACAAUGGUGAUGAAACUGUCUUACAAUUCUAUGUUCCUUACCUUUCUGCUAUCCAAAUCUACUGCAAUAAAUCUGUUGUUGCUACUUCCAACAACAGUAACAGUGACUCGGCCGAGUUUGAAAGUGACUCGUGGAGCGAUGACAGUGGUAGCGAUAAUCUUUCUCGGUCACUUAGUAACAAUUCGAGUAAGGCUUGGGAUUUUGUUUCGGAAGAUUUUAGCUUUGAGUUGGAAAAUCCAUGGCCUAUUAAGGAUAAACUUGGACAUGUUUACUUGCAAUAUAUUGAGACUUGUUCUCCUUAUUGGAGGCCUCCAUUAAUGAACAAGAUGAUGGAAUUAGCUCAGCAUCAUCCUGCAUUGAUGACUCUCAAAAGUGUCGAUCUUUCCCCCGCGAGUUGGAUGGCCGUUGCUUGGUACCCAAUAUAUCAAAUUCCGAGUAGGAAAAACGUGAAGGACUUAUCCGCAAGCUUCCUCACUUAUCACACAUUGUCCUCAUCUUUUGAAGAUUUGGCAACCGAAAAUGAUGGGGUGAGUAACUCGGAAGAAGUAAUGGCAAUGGAGAAAGCUGAGAAAGGUAGAAUAUCUCUUCCUCCUUUCGGGUUAGCAACAUACAAGAUGGAAGGAGAUGUAUGGUUGAAACCGGAGACAUCGGACUACGAAAGGGUAGUCAAUCUCUAUAGUGCUGCAGAUUCAUGGUUGAAACAACUUAAUGUUAAACACCAUGAUUUCAACUUCUUCACUUGCCACUCUUUCAUGUUGUAAAUCUUCGGUUUUUUUUUUUCUUCGAAAAUUAUAGUUUUGUUUUGUUUUGUUUUUUUGUUUUUCGGGGUGUAUGUACUUUUACUUUACCCAACCGCCUCGAAAUGUCUCUCUCUAAAAA